UUCUUCUGCUCUCUCUCUUUGUCUCUCACACAAAUAUUAAAAUAUAAAAAAAAAGAAAAAGAAAAAGAAAAUAAAUUAGUAAUUUUAUUGGUUGUCUAUUGCAAGCUUCGUUUUCCAAUAAAAAGCUUCUGCUUCUUCUUCUUCUCUCUCUCUCUUUUUCGCCGGCAAAAGGAAGGAAGAAAAAGCAAUUUUAGCCGGAAAUAAAAUCGUGUCUUUUUGGUUCUUGAUCGAUCGAUUCAGAAUUUUAACGAAAUCCCAUAUCAUGAAUCAUUGUUUAUGAUCGUUGCAUAAAGUUUUUGCUUUGAAAGUUGUCGUUUUUUGUUUCUGGGAUUUUGGAGAUAUUAUAGGCAGAAUAAUAAUAGUGAUUAAUAAAUAAAUUUGGAAUUGGUUUGAUUGAUCGAUCGGGCGAUGGAGGAUUCCACGAGCUGCGGCGAGGAGGAUUACUACUAUUCGUCUGAUCGAGAAUCCCUCGACGGGCUCGAGAAUGAGGACUCCGAUUUCCAGUGGGCCCCUUCCAAGGGUCCCACUACCAAGUGUGAAGCUGGAUUUUUUUUUGGUUUUUUGUAGUUGAAUUAGCUGUGGAUUACUGGUAGAUGGUUAACAAAGGAAGGUUUUUUUUUUGUUACCUUUUCUGGGUUUGCGGAUUGUGAGUGGAUAGAGUAAUUUGAAGCAACUUUGAGGUUCUCUGUGUGUGUGUAUGGGGGGGCGUGGUAGCAUUAGGUAAUUCUCUAAUGUCGCAGGAGGAGGAGCUGAUGACCUACCUGGUCAUUUAAUUCGAUGAAUUUUUUCUACGUAAUGUUCAUGACCAUGAUUGUGUUUUGUUUUAGUCAAUGGCAUUGCGUGCAUUGAAACUUUUCCCCCUCAGAAAAUAGGGAAUUUUAAACCUUUAACCUCAAUGGGAAAACCCCUUAAAGAAGAACAUUAUACAUUGUUUCUGUUAUUACAAAAGAAUCACUUUUAGCUGCACAGAGGGAGGAUCUACGCAGAGUAAUGGACAUGCUAUCUCUAAGGGAGCACCAUGCACGGACUUUACUUAUCCAUUACCGAUGGGACGUUGAGAAGUUGCUUGCGGUGCUUGUGGAGAAGGGAAAAGCAGACUUGUUUGCUGAAGCAGGUGUUUCUGUUGUUGAGUGUGAGGAUACAGGAACACCUGUGUUGUCUUCAUCUACAGCUAUGUGUGACAUAUGCAUGGAGGAGUUACCUGGUGAUACGAUGACGAAAAUGGCCUGUGGCCAUCACUUUUGCAAUGACUGUUGGACAGAGCAUUUUGUUGUGAAAAUAAAUGAGGGUCAGAGUAGGCGCAUUAGGUGCAUGGCACACAAAUGCAAUGCUAUUUGUGAUGAAGCUGUGGUUAGAAGUCUAGUUGGUAAAAAGCAUCCUGAUCUAGCAGAGAAAUUUGAUCGUUUCCUUCUUGAGUCAUACAUCGAAGAUAAUAGGAUGGUUAAAUGGUGCCCUAGUACUCCUCAUUGUGGAAAUGCAAUACGCGUUGAGGAUGAUGAAUUUUGUGAGGUAGAGUGUUCUUGUGGUCUACAGUUUUGUUUCAGUUGCUUAUCAGAAGCACACUCACCGUGUUCAUGUAUGAUGUGGGAGCUUUGGACCAAGAAGUGCCGAGAUGAAUCAGAAACAGUCAAUUGGAUCACGGUUCACACAAAGCCUUGUCCAAAGUGUCACAAACCUGUGGAGAAGAAUGGUGGAUGCAAUCUUGUGAGUUGUAUCUGUGGGCAAGCAUUUUGCUGGCUGUGUGGUGGAGCUACUGGGAGGGACCAUACUUGGUCAAGAAUUGCUGGUCACAGCUGUGGUCGCUACAAAGAAGAUCGAGAGAAAAAAACUGAGCGAGCGAAGCGAGAUCUCUAUCGAUAUAUGCACUAUCACAACCGUUAUAAAGCUCAUACAGAUUCCUUCAAGCUUGAGAGUAAACUCAAGGAGACUAUACUGGAGAAGGUAUCAAUUUCAGAAGAGAGGGAAUCGAGGCUUAGAGAUUUCAGCUGGGUAACUAAUGGACUCUAUAGACUUUUCAGAUCAAGGCGGGUUCUUUCAUAUUCAUACCCUUUUGCGUUUUACAUGUUUGGAGAAGAAUUAUUCAAGGAUGAGAUGACAAAUGAUGAAAGGGAAAUAAAACAGCAUCUAUUUGAGGAUCAGCAGCAGCAACUUGAGGCAAAUGUUGAGAAACUCUCUAAGUUUUUGGAAGAGCCCUUUGAUCAAUAUACUGAUGAUAAAGUUAUGGAGAUACGAAUGCAAGUAAUCAAUCUUUCUGUGAUCAUCGAUACCCUUUGCAAGAAAAUGUAUGAAUGCAUUGAGAAUGAUUUGUUGGGCUCUCUCCAAUGUAAUACCCAUAAUAUAGCUCCAUACAAGUCUAAGGGCAUUGAAAAAGCAUCAGAGCUUGCGGUCUGUUGGCACAGUAAAGCCAGUACAACUGCUGAUACUUGUCUUCCCUCUGAUUGUGGCACUAGUGGCAAACAUGAGCGACCUAUAAGCCUUGGGAGUGCAGAUGACAAUGGUUGCCCAUCCCAGAAGCGACCUAAAAAGGAGACUUAUGGAGGUGCAUUCUUUGAUCUGAACUUGCCAGCAGAAGUUCUUGACCGGAAUUGAUCUCUCAUAGGCUUUUCUUAGAUAAGUGCAGGUGUACAGAUCUAACUCAAGACCCUACCCUGUUUUUGCCUAGUGGGAUUGGAUCAUUUAGGGAUUGAGCACCACUCAAAUGCAUUAUUUUCCUUUCUUAGAAUCUUUUUGCUUCCCCCCCUCCCAACUCCACAUUGGUGCGCCUUUUCUAUUCUAGAGAUAUAUCCUGGAAGAGGAAUUCUGGAAAUUCCAUGGUUCUUUAUCUUUCUAGGUUGUGUGAACUGAAAAUCCACAUUACUGUACAUAGCCUUAUCUUGGGCUUUUGAACAUAUGUAAAUUCUCAUCCUGAGACUCUUGGAGUGGUGCAAAGCUCGGUCCUUUUUAAGAUAAAUUUAAUUGCUUAUCUUUGGCUA